AAUGCCUUUUCUGCUCUGACUGCACACCUCACUCUUCCUGGUCCUCUUCUACUUCAAGGGCACAUAAAGAACAGAAGUCAUGUCUGAGGGACCGAAAAAGAGCAAGUACUCGGCCACACGCCGGCUGUUCUUAAAAAGCAAGCUUCUGAAGAAAGCUGCGUCUAUGCUCGUCGCAGAGAAAGAACAGAACAAGCGCGAGAGGGACAGUGCCUUGAACGAGAGAGUUCCUCCACUCAAACUGUCCGGUCUGUCUGUACAGGAGCUGCAGGAGCUCUGCAAAGAUCUCCACCGCAAGAUUGACAUUGUUGACGAAGCACGAUACGACCUUGAAGUUAAAGUGGCCAAAAAUGAAAAAGAGAUCCAGAUUCUGACACAAAAGAUUGGAGAAAUGAAGGGCACCAUGAACAGAACCAAACUGAAGAGGGUGAAAAAAUCUGCAGAUGCUAUGCUGGGCGCCCUGACUGAAUCCAAACUAUCAUCAAAGGCUGACUUUAAAGCCAACUUGAAGACCGUCAAGAAAGAAGAGGAGAAGAAAGAGGAGGUGACUGACUGGCGUAAGAAUGUGGAGGCCAUGUCUGGCAUGGAGGGCAGGAAGAAGCUGUUUAAUGCUGGGCAGUAAAAGGUGGCUUCCACAAGAACGAGCUAUGCCAAGAUCAGAAGACACCUGUGACAUUUGCCGAAAUUGAAACCUCAAGCAAGAUUAUCAAAAAUGUGCAGAUUCAAUGUGAUAAUCACUGUGUUGAGCUAUCUGUGUAAAAUAUUUGUAAUGUGGAUUUGUAUGUUUUUAUGAUCAUGGGUAAAUGUUGCAAAGUUUUGUGAACAGAACAGAAGCUAGUGAUUGUUAGCAUAUAUUUAGCCUGUCUACAUUUACUUUAUUCCUGUUGCACAAAAAUACACGUGAUAUUUUUGUGCAUUGCAAUACAGUAUAGUAGCAGGUGUAAGUAAAAAAUGAGCAAUGAUUUGUUAUUGUUUGUACAGAUAAACUGAUAAGUGGUCGAUUUUGUGACUUUUUGACCUUCUGUAUUGUUGUGUAGCAUAAUGAUGCCAGAUAUUGCAAUUCUUUACAGUCAAAUGAAAAUACAAUCACAGUGUAAUGGCAUUCCACAAUUAAAUAUGAUGCAAUGCUCA